UUUUCAUCGUGGUGGUGGUUGUUGUUGUGGUUGUUGUGGUGGUGGUUGUUGUUGUGGUGGUGGUUGUUGUUGUGGACCCAGGAAGAGCCUCGCUCCUCCCUCUCGUAGGGAUGUCACUUGAGUAGCAGCGAGUAUGGAAUCGAUGUCCAGGUUGGAACAUUACAGCGCAGGGCCUUGCCUCCUGCCCUUGCCUGAUUGCAUUAAUUAUCUGCUUAAGUUUAAUUUGUCUUCACCUGGCUCACUACUUUGAAACUUUGUUUUAUUUUAAAUAUUUCUACGUUUUUAUUUUACCAGGCAUAGCCCACUUGAGCUACACCGCUUUUGUUUUCAGAAGCGACCUGCCCACAACACAGUGGGCUUAUCAACUUGUGGAAAUGUUUGUCGGUCAAAUACUCUAAACGCGUGGUGAUGUUGACUCUAAAUGUGCAGGGGAAAACCGCAGGAUCCGGAGGAAAAUCCACGCGACCACGGAGAGAGAGACACGCAAACUCCAAAUAUACAGCCAUAAUAGCUGACACUUCCUCUGCAGAAUUGGUCUGAUGGAGCAAAGGCACUCGGCGCGGCUUGGUUCAAAAAGGCAACAAUACGACCAGUGUGCAUACAGCACGGAUCAAACUGGACAUUUGACACAGCACAAGAGAACUCACACAGGAGAGAAACCCUUCAAGUGCACUGUGUGUGACAAGGCAUUUGUACGGUCAUCAGUUCUUCAGAACCACCAGAGAACACACACGGGAGAGAAACCCUUCAAGUGCAGUCUGUGCGGGAAGGCGUUUUCACAUUCAUCUGCUCUUGUAUUACACCAGAGAACACACACAGGAGAGAAACCCUUCAGGUGCAGUCUGUGCGGGAAGGCAUUUGCACAGUCAUCUGCUCUUGUAUUACACAAGAGAACACACACAGGAGAGAAACCCUUCAGGUGCACUCUGUGCGGGAAGGCGUUUGCACAGCAACCACAUCUUCAAACACACCAGAGAACACACACGGGAGAGAAACCCUUCAAGUGCAGUCUGUGCGGAAAGGCGUUUUCCGAUUCAUCUGGUCGUGUAUUACACCAGAGAACACACACAGGAGAGAAACCCUUCAGGUGCAGUCUGUGUGGGAAGGCAUAUGCACAGUCAUCUGCUCUUGUAUUACACAAGAGAACACACACAGGAGAGAAACCCUUCAGGUGCACUCUGUGCAGAAAGGCGUUUGCACAGUCAUCAGAUCUUAAAAAACACCAGAGAACACACACAAAAGAGAAACCUUUCAAGUGCACUGUCUGUGAGAAGGCAUUUGCAUGGCCAUCAGUUCUUCAGAACCACCAGAAAACUCACACGGGAGAGAAACCCUUCAGGUGCACUCUGUGCGGGAAGGCGUUUGCACAGUCAUCACAUCUUCAGUACCACCAGAGAACACACACGGGAGAGAAACCCUUCAGGUGCACUCUGUGUGGGAAGGCGUUUGCACAGUCAUCUGCUCUUGUAUUACACCAGAGUACACACACAGGAGAGAAACCCUUCAGGUGCACUCCGUGCGGGAUGGCGUUUGCACGGUCAUCAGAUUUGACACAGCACAAGAGAACUCACACAGGAGAGAAACCCUUCAAGUGCACUGUGUGUGACAAGGCAUUUGCACGGUCAUCAGUUCUUCAGAGGCACCAGAGAACACACACGGGAGAGAAACCCUUCACGUGCACUCUGUGUGGGAAGGCGUUUGCACAGUCAUCUGGUCUUGUAUUACACCAGAGAACACACACGGGAGAGAAACCCUUCAGGUGCACUCUGUGUGGGAAGGCGUUUGCACAGUCACCACAUCUUAAAAUACACAAAAGAACACACACAGGAGAGAAACCCUUCAGGUGCAGUUUGUGCGGGAAGGCGUUUUCACAGUCAUCUGCUCUUGUAUUACACCAGAGAACACACACAGGAGAGAAACCCUUCAGGUGCACUCUGUGCGGGAAGGAGUUUGCAGUGUCAUCACAUCUUAAACAACACCAAAGAACACACACAAAAGAGAAACCUUUCAAGUGCACUGUCUGUGAGAAGGCAUUUGCAUGGCCAGCAGUUCUUCAGAACCACCAGAGAACACACACGGGAGAGAAACCCUUCAGGUGCACUCUGUGUGGGAAGGCGUUUUCACAGUCAUCUGGUCUUGUAUUACACCAGAGAACACACACGGGAGAGAAACCCUUCAGGUGCACUCUGUGCGGGAAGGCGUUUGCAGGUUUAUCAAAUCUUAAAACACACCAGAGGGCACACAAUCAUCAGAAGAUCCCCAAGGAGUGGAGUUUGAAAUCGGCAUGUGAAAGUCAAAGUGCUGCAUGAGCCCAUCCCUCAUGAAACCAGAACCAGAAGUAAAUCCCAGCUUGGACACUUUAAAGGUAUUAAGGUGAAAUGUGAAGAGGCGAAGGUGAAAUGUGAAGAA